AUGGACUCCACAGCGACCACCACCAAGCCGCUCGGCCCGACGGCGCUCGCCCUACGCCUCCUGGGCGAGCUCGCAGAAACGGGCGCCGGCGGCAGCAACCUCAUCUUCUCGCCGCUGUCCAUCUACGCCGCGCUCGCCCUUACGGCCACCGGCGCCCGAGGCGCCACUCUGCAGGAGUUCCUCGCCGUCCUCGGCGCGAGUUCCCGCGACGAGCUCGCCGACACCGUGCGGGGCCUGGCGGAGCAGGCCCUCGCCGACCGCUCGCUCAAGGGCGGGCCGCGCGUGUCCUUCGAGUGCGGCGUCUGGCACGACCAGACCCGGACGCUGAAGCCCGACUUCCGCCGCGCCGCCGCCCAGUCCUUCAAGGCAGAUACCCGCGCCGUCGACUUCCGCCAACAGCCAGCAAAAGCCGUGAAACAAAUCAACGCGUGGGCGGCCGCCGCGACCAACAACCUCAUCGAUUCGCUCCUCACCGACGGGCAAGUCUCCAGGCAGACCGACGUCAUCGUCGCCAACGCCGUCUACUUCAAGGGCACGUGGCAGGAUCCUUUCCUCAAGGAGUACACCGUGGACGGCAAGUUCCACCGCCUCGACGGAAGCACCUUCGACGUGCCCUUCAUGCGCAGCUGGGGGCGCGAGUACAUCGCCUGCCACGAUGGAUUCAAGGUGCUCCAGCUCCCGUACAAACAAGGCAUGCACGACCGCUUCUCGCCCCCGCCUAGAUUCUCCAUGUGUAUCUUCCUCCCGGACGCCCGCGACGGUCUCGCGGGCCUCAUACGCACGAUCGCGUCGUCAUCCAGCUCGGACUUCAUGCGGGAGCACCUGCCGACGAGUCUCGUCAAGGUCGGGAAAUUCCGGCUGCCCAGGUUCAAGCUAACCUUCUCGGGGGACAUGUCCGCCGUUCUCCAGAGCCUGGGACUCCAGGCGGCGUUCGACGAGGAAGAAGCCGACCUGCACGACAUGGUGGAGGGCGAAAGGCCGCUCGCUCUGCAGAGUAUCGUCCACAAGGCUGUCAUCGAGGUGAAUGAGGAUGGUACCGAGGCAGCGGCGGUCACCGGCUCCAUGAUGUGCGGCGCGAGCUUCGUGACGCAUGCACCCGUGGAUUUCGUCGCUGACCAUCCGUUUGCCUUCUUUGUAAUCGAGGAGAGGUCUGGCGCCAUCGUCUUCGCUGGGACCGUCCUUGAACCAUCUCCAACCGUGCCUGGCGAGAAGCGUCUUCGCCGCACCCGAGUGCACGCCAACAAUGUUGAUGUCGGGCCAGUUCAGUGGCCAACCACAAACGAGAACGCCAACCAGGGCCAACCAGAGUGUGGUACUUAUAUGUAUGCAAUGGUAACUAUUGUCAAGUGA